CCCUACUUCUUCUUCUCCUCCUACAAUUUCUCAGCAACCAUCACUCCUCCAUCUUCCCACUCACUCACAACAACCAUGGCGGCCGGCGCUAUCUUCCUCUCCAUCCUCUUCCUCCUAAUCUCCUCAUCCGCCGCCGCCUCCUCCUCCCGCCCCCAAACCUUCAUCGUCCACGUGUCCAAAUCCCACAAGCCGGCCCUCUUCUCCUCCCACCGCGACUGGUACGCCUCCAUCCUCCCCCACCCUUCCGCCCUCCUCUACACCUACUCCCACGCCGCCGCCGGCUUCUCCGCCUCCCUCACCGCCGACCAAGCCUCCCGCCUCCUUCACGCGCCGGGAAUCCUCUCCGUCGUCCCCGACCAGAUCCGCCACCUCCACACCACCCAUACCCCUUCCUUCCUCGGCCUCUCCCCCUCCUCCCCUCUCUCCCUCAACUCCGCCAACGGCGACGGCGUCAUCAUCGGCGUCCUCGACACCGGGAUCUGGCCCCUCCACCCAAGCUUCGACGACGCCGCCUUCCCCGCCGCCGCCGACCACAAAAUCCCUGCCAAGUGGCGCGGGAUCUGCGAGUCCGGCAAGGACUUCCCCGCCGCGGCUUGCAAUCGGAAGCUGAUCGGAGCCAGAGCAUUUUACAAAGGAUACGAGAGCUACAGGGGAAGGCCGAUCGACGAAACCGUGGAAUCGAAAUCUCCGAAAGAUACGGAAGGGCACGGGACUCACACGGCGUCGACAGCUGGCGGAUCUCUGGUAACGAACGCCAGCCUGUUCGGCUACGCCUCCGGCGACGCGCGGGGGCUGGCGCCGAGCGCGUGGAUCGCCGCCUACAAGAUCUGCUGGUCACCGGGAUGCUUCGAUUCCGAUAUCCUCGCCGCCUUCGAUCAGGCGGUGGACGACGGCGUCGACGUCAUCUCCCUCUCCGUCGGAGCUAGCUACGCGCCUCCGUACGACAGCGAUUCGAUAGCGAUCGGAGCUUUCGCGGCGGCGAGGAAGGGCAUUGUGGUUUCCUGUUCGGCUGGGAAUUCUGGACCAGGAGCUUACACGGCGACGAACAUCGCUCCGUGGAUCUUGACCGUCGGGGCGUCCACCGUUGACCGUGAUUUCCCCGCCGAUGUUGUCCUCGGAGAUGGAAGCGUGCACGCUGGAGUUUCGCUCUACGGCGGAGAUGGUCUGGCGGAGGGGGAACUUUUGCCUCUCGUUUACAGCGCCGAUUGCGGGAGCAGGUACUGCUAUUCCGGCUACCUCGACCCGGCGAAGGUGAAAGGGAAGAUCGUGCUGUGCGACCGCGGCGGGAAUGCGAGAGUCGAGAAAGGGGCAUCCGUCAAGCUCGCCGGAGGUAUCGGGAUGAUCAUGGCGAACACGGAUCUGGAAGGGGACGAGCUUCUCGCCGACGCUCAUCUCAUCCCGGCGACAAUGGUUGGAGCGACGGAAGGGGAUAAAAUUCGCGCAUACAUUGAAUCGGCUGCGUCUCCAACAGCGACGAUUCAGUUCAGGGGAACUGUAAUUGGAGAAGGCACCUCGCCGGCUCCCAAAGUAGCAUCGUUUUCCAGUCGGGGCCCGAAUCGGGUCACGCCGGAGAUCCUCAAGCCGGAUGUGAUUGCUCCCGGCGUUAACAUUUUGGCUGGCUGGACCGGCGCCGCUGCUCCAUCGGAUCUCGAGAUUGAUCCCAGAAGAGUUACAUUCAACAUCAUUUCAGGUACUUCAAUGUCCUGCCCACAUGUUAGCGGCCUAGCCGCAUUGCUCAAGGGAGCACAUCCCGAUUGGUCUCCGGCAGCAAUAAAAUCGGCUAUGAUAACAACGGCGACGACAGUAGACAACGCCGGCGAGAACAUCAAUGAUCUCGCUAGCGGCAAAGGGACGACUCCAUUUGUGUACGGAGCAGGCCAUGUGGUUCCAAAUGGCGCUGUGAGCCCCGGUCUCAUUUACGACCUCAACACGACCGACUACGUCUCCUUCCUCUGCUCGAUCGGGUACAGCGCCUCGAGGAUCGCGGUGAUCUUCGGCGAGCCCAUUGCAUCGGACGCCUGCGAGCACGCGGCGGCGCUGGCAGCUGGUCCAGGGGAUCUGAACUACCCGUCGUUCUCUGUCGUGUUCAAGCCCAAAUUUGACGUGGUUACAUACAAGAGGGUGGUAAAGAAUGUUGGGAGCUCGGUCGAUGCGGUCUACGAGCUCAAAGUGAAUGCUCCGACGAACGUGGAUGUCAAGGUCUCGCCCACCACGCUCGUGUUCAGCAAGGAGAGCCCGUCUCUGGCGUACGAGAUUACAUUCUCGAGCUCAGUCGUAGGUCUCUCGAACGCUGCGACGCAGAGCUUCGGGUUCGUUGAGUGGAGCGAUGGAGUGCACAAGGUUAGGAGUCCGAUUGCUGUGCAAUGGAGGCAGGGAGGUUCUGUGGAGUCUAUUUAAAAGGGGCAUUGUCAACUCAGAGGCCUAGUACUAUGGUUUAUUAUCGACAGGACACCUGCAUUUGCCUGUUCGAAUGUGUUUACAUUACUUCUCCAUUGAUGGUGGAGCAUCGAAUUCGAAUGUACAUAUGUACCAUAUAAAACUCCAUGUUGUGG